CAAAACAUUCUCAUUUUCUCUUCAGUUCGUGGAAUCAAGACAUGAUGGAAAGCCAUGAUCCACCACCCCGAAACGACCCUUUUCUGUUCAACCCUUUGGAACCUCAAGAGCAAGGGCUAUGCGACUUUGACUCAUGGGGUAACCUUUUCUCUGCCCAGAACAGCUUGUUGUUGCUUAAUGGUGAUGCCAAGGAAACUAUUCAACGUGCUUCUUCUUCCUCUUUAGUGGCUCAAAAUAAGGUAGUUUGCGAGGAGGAAAAGGGUAGCAAGGAGAAAAGGAAAGGUGUGAGAGUGAAGAAAACAACACGAGUGCCGAGGUUUGCUUUUCAAACGAGAAGUGCAGAUGAUGUUUUGGAUGAUGGUUAUCGCUGGAGGAAAUAUGGACAGAAAUCUGUGAAGAACAGCACAUAUCCAAGAAGUUACUACCGGUGCACGCACCACACGUGCAAUGUGAAGAAACAAGUGCAAAGGCUGUCAAAAGACACAAGCAUUGUGGUGACAACGUACGAGGGAAUUCACAACCAUCCAUGCGAGAAGCUGAUGGAAACUCUAACCCCUCUGCUGAAGCAAAUACAGUUUCUUGCUAGCUUGUAACGUGAAAAUGUUUCUCUGCAGCUGCAUGCAAACUCGCGUACACAUCAAGCACUAUAUUGUAAAAGUUAACUUACUUAUGUGCUCUCUAUCAGUUAUAAUAAGUUACUGGUUUGUUUGUGAACUUAUUUUUGUGUCUAUAUGUGAUCAUGAUACCUGUGUCUGUGUAAUCAAGCUUCUGUCAAUUUUACAGUGUAUAUCAAGCUUUACUUUUCAACUU